UUGGGAUUCAAGAUAUGAACUGGAAUUGCACAAUUUCGAAGAGUGCGGGGACGAAGGCGAGAUUUGGUUUGGAAAGAGCGCUGAGAAAAGGAUCGUCGAUUUCGUCACGACGCACAUACCCAAAACUGCUCCCAUUCUCGACCUCGGAUGCGGGAAUGGCUCGGUUUUAAGAAGAUUGAGGAAACAUGGUUACGCCAGUCUCACAGGUGUAGACUAUUGCCCUGCUGCCAUUGAGUUGGCGAAACGAGUUUCAAAUGAGGAGCAGGAAACUUCUGAAUGCGCUAUCACUUUUGAGAAUUGCGACUCGCUGCUUACAAAAGUGCUGUCAUUGAAGCUCUCAGCUCUUCAGGGAAAGUUUGUGAUAUUCUCCUGCAAUUUCACUAAAGAGGAAUUAUGCAAAUUCUUCGCCGAUGGUGUUUCUCUUAUCUUCCAUAGCGAGAUCCCUGCUGCUCAUACGAUCAGCUUCGGUGGUCGUCAAGGAGUCACGUCGACAGGUGUGGUUUUUGAGAAGAACUG